CCCCUCCGAAAACCCCAAUCUUGUCGCCUUUUACGCGCCUCCCCCAAUUCCAUCUCCUAGCCAACCCAAUCGCCUCCAAAACCCCAGGCAAAACCCUCCAUUUCCGCAUCUCCCCGCCGCCCCCCUUGCCCUUUCCCUGGCCGGUGGGGCUCCCUUGCCCUCCCGCUCUGUGCGUUCCUCGCUUCCUGCGCCGCGGCGGCGGCGGCGCUGCGCUUCUUUCGUUCUUGGGCUGCGGCCGGGGUUCAUCCGGCUGUUUCUUGGGCUACGAUCUCACCGUGGCUUGGUUUCGUGCGCCUUCUCCCUUUGCUGGUUGGCUUGUAUGAGCCCCGGGUGGCGGCGGCCGCGGUGAUUCUUGGAGGGGAUGCAGGCCGCCACGGGGAGCGUCUCCUGGGUCGCCGCGCAGCCGUCCGUCCUCGGGCGGUUCGGCGGCGGCGGCGCGCCGUCCGAUCCGGCUCGGGGGACGGCACACGGCGGAGGCAGGGUCCGGGGGGUCGGCGUGGCGCGGUGCUGCGUGCAGGAGAAGCGGCCGCCGCGGGUGCGGAAGACCAAGGAGGAGAGGAGGGAGUUGGUCGAGUCCUUCAUCAACAGCUACCGAGUUUCAAAUGAUGGAAAAUUCCCGUCAGUUAACCUUACACAUAAGGAAGUUGGAGGUUCAUAUUAUAUAGUUCGUGAGAUUGUGAGAGAUAUCAUCCAAGAGAACAGAGUUCUUGGUCCUGGUGGUUUGAAUGCUACGACGCUGAGUUUUGAAGAUUGCACUGCUUCUUCGGAGUUAUCCAUGAAGCAUGAAUUGGGCCAAGACAAUGUAGCGAUCUUAGAUACUUCUGAUGGUAAUCAAGCUGGGAAGGAUUCUGUGUCCAAAAUAUCCAACAGUGAGGAAUUAAUUUCAUUGCAAAGGAAUGCCAUCAGCGCUCAAACACUGCUGGGAUCAUCUAAUAUAAUAGAGACUGGUGUUCUGAAUGGUGCUGUCCUAACUGGAAAUGCAGCAGGUACGACAUGCUUGCAUACAAGCCUUGAGGAACAAGAUGAAGUUUCAUGGGAGAAUUCAAGAGAGAUGGACCUGAACAGUUCUGAAGAGCAAGCCCCUUCAUUUUCUCAUGUUUCUGAUUCAGAUAAAGACAUUGUGCUAGACAGUCUGGGGGAUGCUCAUGAGGGGACAGCCAGUAGUGUUGCUGAUGGAGUUAUUCUUUCCCCAGAACCUUGUGCUAUUUAUGAAACAAAUGGUGCACUUUUAAGAGAGCAUGGGACAUUACCUAAUGAUAGUCAUGGUGUCACAACUGAUAGUGACGUUAGUGAAGAACACCUCCUGGCGGAAACCAAUGGUGUUCUUCAAACAAGUGUAUCCAGUGACAAUGCCCAGAUCAUAGACGACCAGUUCAGUUCUACAAUAUCUGCUGAUCCAAUGGAUGGUUUUAACUCGAGUACAAAUAGUCCAGAGACUGAAGACACAACCAAAACUGUUGAACUGUCUAAAGUACACAGGUUGCAAGAUGACUUUGAGCAAUCAUUGCUUGAUGCCAGCCUUCAUGAGCAAGAAAACUUAGAAAGUCCUGACUCUCAUCCAUCAUUGGGUACAGAGGGAUUGUUGCAAAUGGAAGACAAGAACAGUGUUUUACAGGUAGAUGAAAGUGAAUUGAAGAAAUCAACGUCUGGGUUCACAAAGGAGGAGGUCGAGGCAAGCGAUGCAAGUCAUGAACAAGAAACAAGCACCACGAUCAGCAGGAGAACUUCGAAGGCGCAGCAGAAGAAAGAGGAAAACCUAUUUUGGCUUGUCCUUAGAGCGUUUGUUAUUGCUGUAUCCAAACUCUGGACAAAAUGAGUGCGCGGAAGAUGCUCCUUCAUGUGGAUUUGUUGCCUGAGAAGCAUCCGCCUUACUGGAAAACGAGAAGCUUGCCGUGAAACUCCUUUUUUUUACGGGAUGCAUAUAGUUGCUGUUAUUUUGCUGCAGAUUAGGUUGCUUGUUAGAGACUUGUUGCUCGAGUUCUGUAGCUUGUAGUAGCUUUCUAUUGUAGGCGUUAUCAUUUGGUCAACUCGCGGUGCUGUGUGAAGUCUAAAUUGUACCAGCAGUUAUGGCGUCUUUUUGUAAAAGAGUUGAGAUCUGUGUUCCUUCUCUGAAACUGGUAGUGCUAUUCGUCCGCUUGCUUACUGAGUUUCAUUCCAGUGAAAUUUUAGUGGGGAUUUGCCUUUCA